CUCCCGCUCUCUCUCUCUCUGCUAGCUCACACACACAAGCUGAGGAAAACGGAGGGAGAGGGAGAAACCCACAGACACAGAGAGAGGACGGUAUAUGUGGUGCCUCACAACAGCCAGUCUGUCUAGAGCCUAGCCUUCUUUUUAAAUCUUAAUUCAAUUUUGUGGACUCUGAGGAGAGAAAGCCCCGUCCCUUCCCCCUCAGCCACGGGAAGCACCCACACGGUCGGAGCACAGGGCUAGGCCGCAAGUCGUUAGUGCUCGGUGGGCAAGCACUGACAAAAGACUGGAGGGAGAGGCUAACACGGAUGCUUAUAAAGCAGCUUCUCUUACUUCUGAGGGGUGGAAAGGACGCUUUUAGGAUUUCUAACCUAAUCUGUGCUGUCUAUUUUUGGAGGGACUGAAACAGACCGGUCAAGCCACUACCACAGAUGAUAUUGCUACAGCCUAGCCCUCUGCAACAACAAACAAGGAAGAGAGGGCACUUACUUGAGUUGAAGAUCAUUUUGAAGAGAGCCAGAUCGACUGGUUGAUUUUGUACAACACAGCGGGUAGACCGUAGCCACGGUUGAGACUUGAUAGUAGUUAUUUGUGUGCCUUGAGGAUAUAGCCAUACAGUGUGCUGUGAAACAUCAAGUUGUUUUUCUAGUGGUGACCUGUAAGAGCUCUUUUUGUCAACCAGAAUGUUGCUGGUGCUCAGAGGAUUGUUGGAAAACCCGUCUCUUGCCUCACUCUGUCUGUACCCUCCCUCUCCAUGGCUGUAAGGGUGAUCUAGCUAAAAGAAGACGUUGACAUAUUAUAUGAAUGCACUUCCAACGGUUCUGUGUCUUGGCUGAAGUGUAAACCAUUCGACUGAACAGCAAGCUCUUCUAAAAGACAGCCGUCGAAGGACUUGGGGCCAAAUAAAUAAAUAAAAAAAACACAAAAAGAGUGAAUAAUUGAAAAAGGAGAAAGAAGAAAAGUGGGCAUGUAAAACAAAAGUUUCUAGAGUGAAAGGCGAAACUAUUUCCAGGUCAUAGUGGAGGGGGAGGAGACAAAACAGCUCUAGUGGGUUUUUUGGGACAAACAUUCUACACCACACAAAUUUUAAACCCAUUUCUACUCUUGUAUACGUUAAAAGAGGGUGUGGGUAUUUUCCUACCUUUGACUAUUUUAGUUUUCCGACGCACUUUGAGGACCAAAAAGCCAAAAUAUAAAAUUUUAUGAAAAGGCUGAGAAUCUUGAACUCUGAACAGAGGUGCACAAAGGAAGUCAGAAAGUUUAGACAGCAGCAACCAAAAUCUUUGGCUGUCUCCCAUUCCUUCUGUGGUCUGCUAACCAAGCGAUGGCCAUGGUGAGUGGGGGCUGGGGAGAUCCCAACGGGGGCACCAACGGGCUGGGGGAGAAGGGCUAUCUGAGGGGAGAGGAGGAGGACGGUUCGCCCCAGGCCGGGGGCAGCGACAUGGAGGUCGGGGACGAUGACAAGGCGUGUGUGGUGGACUGUGUAGUGUGUGGGGACAAGUCCAGCGGGAAGCAUUACGGUGUGUUCACCUGCGAGGGCUGCAAGAGCUUCUUCAAGAGGAGCAUCCGCCGCAACCUCAAUUAUACCUGCAGGUCGAAUCGAGAGUGCCAGAUCGACCAACAUCACCGCAACCAGUGCCAGUACUGCCGCCUGGAGAAGUGCUUUCACGUAGGAAUGCGCAAAGAAGCAGUUCAGCGUGGACGUAUCCCCCCCUCACACUCCAGCCUCAGCCCCACGGGCACCCCAGUAGGUGGUGGUAGCGGCAUCGGAGUGGCAGAGUUUUACAACAACAACGGCGGGCAGCCCGUGUCGGAGCUCAUCUCCCAGCUGCUGCGUGCCGAGCCCUACCCCAGCAGCCGCUACGGCCACCAGUACAACCAACAGGGCCAGGCCACCGGCGCAGGCGGGGCCGUCAUGGGCAUCGACAACAUCUGCGAGCUGGCAGCUAGGCUGCUCUUCAGCACCAUCGAGUGGGCCAGGAACAUCCCCUACUUCCCAGAGCUGCCCGUGUCAGAGCAGGUGGCUCUGCUCAGGUUGAGUUGGAGCGAGCUGUUCAUCCUGAACGCAGCCCAGUCCGCCCUGCCCCUCCACAUGGCCCCACUGCUGGCCGCGGCGGGCUUCCACUCCUCGCCCAUGUCGGCCGAGCGAGUGGUGUCCUUCAUGGACCAGGUGAGGGUGUUCCAGAACCAGGUGGACAAGUUGACCCGGCUCCAGGUGGAUUCGGCCGAGUACAGCUGCCUCAAGGCCAUCGUCCUCUUCUCACCAGAUGCGUGUGGGCUCACAGACCCUGUCCACGUGGAGUCUCUGCAGGAGAAGGCCCAGGUGGCUCUGACAGAAUACGAGCGGAUGCAGUACCCAGGUCAGCCGCAGCGCUUCGGCCGCCUGCUCCUCCGCCUGCCCGCCCUCCGUGCCGUGCCCGCCAACCUCAUCUCCCAGCUCUUCUUCAUGCGUCUGGUGGGCAAGACGCCCAUCGAGACGCUCAUCCGUGACAUGCAGCUCUCCGGAAGCUCCAUCAGCUGGCCCUACGUCCCUGGUCAGUAACCCCCAAAAUGAGGUCUCCUUCUGGGCAGUGACGACAAGGACCGCAGGUUCCUCUGAAUCAUCAUGAUCCAUCUGUGUGAUCCUAUACUAGCGCCAGCUGGACAUCAUGCAUACUGUACUGUCUCCAUGAACUGAGCUCUCCAUACCAACCUAGUGCCAGCUGGGUCUAUUGCCAGCACACUGGUGCCAACACACCUACUGUGCCCCGUUAUGGCGACCUGAGUCAGCCAUGCCAUCCGCAUGUCAUAGUGACUAGGGACACCUUACAUAUAGACAUUACUGUCCCACCAAUAGAGGUCACUGGAACCUUGUCUCAUUUUCCACAUCUCAUUGCCUUCGGUGCAAUGACUGUCGACAUCUACAUCAGACCUUGAAAUUCUGGAAUUCUGGUAGGAAAACUGUAUUAUGGAGCUAUUAGUCUGUUCCAUUUAGAUCCUUAUGGCUGGUUUAUACUUGGUCUAACGACAUGUCUAUAGACAAAUAGAAUGCGACAAGUGUCUGAUCAAAACAACAUUUCAUGAAUGUAUAGACCUGUAGACCAGUAGGUUUAUAGGUCUGUAGACCGUCGCUGCGACUGUUGGUUUCCUUGUCGGAGACACAUAAAAGUUCAACUUUGACCCUGUCGCAGCAUCCGUUGUCAUGGUUACCUGACUGAGACAGCAACAAGACUCUACAAGUUCUACAAUUCUUUGG